AUGGCUGUAACUUUUAAUAAAUUUACGAAAUUGUGGACGUCUGUCUACAACAAUAAUAUAAGGGCGCUAUCGACGACAUACUCUAACAAAGCUAAAGUAAGUUUCAAUUGGGAGGAUCCUUUGAACUUGGAAACUCAAUUGCUUGACGAUGAAAAGGCAGUUCGUGAUUCUGUUAAAAGUUAUUGUCAUGAAAAACUGAUGCCUAGAAUUAUAGAGGCAAAUAGAAAGGAAAUUUUUGAUAGAGAGAUCUAUAAAGAAAUGGGGGAGCUAGGUAUCCUUGGGUGUACUAUCAAUGGCUAUGAAUGCGCAGGAGUCUCGAAUGUUACAUAUGGAUUAAUUACUAAGGAAUUAGAUGGUGUUGACUCGUCAUAUAGGUCGGCAAUGAGUGUUCAAAGCAGCUUAGCCAUGGGUGCUAUUUACAUGUAUGGCUCAGAAGAACAAAAGCAAAAAUAUCUACCCAGAAUGGCAAAAGGAGAGUUGGUCGGUUGCUUUGGGUUAACCGAACCGAAUUUCGGGAGUGACGCUGGUGGUAUGGUCACCAAGGCAAAGUACGACUCAAAAACAAAAACCUAUAUCUUAUCUGGAUCAAAAACGUGGAUAACUAACUCGCCGAUCGCAGAUAUACUUAUAAUAUGGGCUAAGAAUGAAGAGGAAAAGGUAAGAGGUUUUAUAGUUGAGAGAGCUCAAGUAAAAAAAGGUUUAGAUACACCAAAAAUCAACGGUAAAUUUUCCUUGCGAGCCUCAGCUACGGGCAUGAUAUUGCUCGACGAAGUGGCUAUCCCGGAGGAGAAUUUAUUGCCGAACGUCGUAGGAAUUAGAGGGCCUUUUGGAUGUCUCAAUAAUGCUCGGUAUGGGAUCGCUUGGGGCGUACUCGGUGCCGCCGAAACGUGUUUGCGGAUCGCUAGGCAGUACACAUUAGAUAGGAAACAAUUUGGAAGACCGCUCGCUUCGAAUCAGCUGAUACAGAAAAAAAUGGCUGAUAUGUUGACAGAGAUAAGCCUCGGUUUGCAGGCGUGUUUACACGUGGGACGUUUGAAAGAUAAAAAUUUGGCAGCUCAUGAGAUGGUGUCCCUAUUGAAGCGUAAUAAUUGUGGCAAGGCGUUAGAAAUUGCGAGAAUCGCGAGAGACAUGCUCGGAGGAAACGGUGUGUCGGAUGAAUAUCAUAUUAUUCGACAUGUCAUGAACCUCGAGGCAGUCAACACUUACGAAGGAACACAUGAUAUUCACGCAUUAAUUUUGGGCAGGGCCAUUACUGGGAUAGCUUCUUUUUAA